CUUCCUCUUUGGGCUCCUCGCAGUAUCGGCGGUCCUCCAGAAAAGCUCAAAUAAGCUGGAGUUUUGUGGAAAAGGACACACCCACUGGCCUUGAAGGUCCUCAGUGAGCCAGACAGCCUCUUUACUUUAAUUAUCUGGACUGACCUCAGUGUGGACGGACAUGUCUUUAACUGGCUGCUGCUGCCUGUUCAGACGACACCUGACUGAGUCUCUGUGCGUCUUCCCAACAUGAAAAAACAAGUGACAUUUGCAGAAAGUCAGAAGAUCCACAGGCUCCAUCAGGAUGAAGCUUUGCAAAGGAGGACUGGGAUGAAUGAAUCAAAGAUGGCAGUAACAGAUGCCGGUGUGAACUUCAACAAUGGCUUGAGAAUGAACAGAGCAGCAGCUGAAAGAUGUGAACCACAACUCCAACAUGGGACAACCAUACAAAUCCCUAAAACCAUGAGUGCAGGCCCAUUUCUGCAGCAUGCAGCACUUACACCAGCUCAGAAGGAUUAUCUGUACACCAUCGCAGCUUCCUACAGCACCGCACACGUGCGUAACCUCAUCACCCAACACUACAUGAACGUGCUGCAGAGGUGUGUGCGAGCAGGCUGCAGCCCUGAAAGAGACGACCUUGUUGCGACUUCUGUUAUCUCACCGGGAACUGAUGUGAGUGAAAACCAUCGCUCAAAACUUCCUUCGACCGUGAAACACAAAGCGAAGAUAAACACCAGUGCAAGGAGUUCUGGGAAAUCCUUUCUUCCAAAAAUCCCAAACAGUCAAGCCAGGCUCUCCAACACAUCAGCAUCAAAACAAAGAAAGAUGAAGAAACGUACAUUAUCAUCUCCCUCACUGAGAAGAAAAAGUCCAAGAAGAGCCAGGACCAAGCUGUUGGAGGAGGAGGAGGAUGAAGGACUGGAUGACUCUCUGAGUGAAUGUUUGAGUUCAUUGUCUGUGGGACAAUGGGAUGACGACACUCUCUCAGAUUUAUGACAUUUCUAUUCAAACUCUGAGCGCUCACAGUAACAUUUUGUGUCAGUAUAACGUGAGAAUAAUGUUCCCACAUUCACAGCUCCAGGCAAAGACCAACAGACAUCUUUGUUUAUCAUGAUUCUGCAUUAAAUUGGGGUUCUUAAACAAGCAGAACACAGUAAACAGAACAGAAACACUGUGAGUAGCAGCUCAGUGUUGUCGUUAAACCUGCACCAGCUAGUUUUGUACUUUGGUGCCUCUGUUGGCAGCAAGAGAAAACCUUCAGAGGACUGUUUAUAGGAAAUCACAUGAUCAGUUCUUGUGCUGGUGAAAGCUGAGCAGUGGGAUCACAUCUCAUGGCCACAUGAUCACAUCUUUUUUUUAAAGUAGAGAUGAUUUUUUUUCUCUGAAAAUAAUUGAAAAUGUGAUUUAGCUGAUUAAAAAUUAAAAAUAGUUUCAAAUUAAAUAAAAUUCAUAUGUUUUUACAUCAAAAUGUCCUAAGACUUACAUAAGUACAUCCUCUCUGUGAAUAUUAAAGAAAUAUUAUCCUUUUAAUUAAUUAAAAUAUUUGUUCUUUGUUUUGUUUUUUUUGUUUAUGUUUUUUGAAAAGUAUCUUUGUCCUUUUAUUUUUUCUGUUAAAAAUAUUCAAAUGCACAAAUGGAAACCUGACACAUUUUUGGAGCUGCUCCCGCACUGUAAUUUGAGCAUCUGUUAAUAAAAACAAACUAAAAAAAGAUGCACAAUAUUGGAUUUUUUGCCAAUAUGCAAUAUACCAGAAUUCUAACAACUUAUUUGUCUGAUAACCGAUACUGAUAUUGAUACAUCCACAUUUUCCCCACCUAAUUUUAGUGAUCAUCAAGUCUCUUCUGUAGUGGAAUUAACUUCAUAUUAUACAUGCAUACUCUUAUCGUGACGGCCCACCAGCAGAUGGAGACAUGAAAUAUAAUACUUUUCAAUGUUUGUAAUAUUUAUUCAUUGUGCAAAUUAAGAUAAAGCAUGUUGACGAUACUGAUGAUGUGCUGAUUUUAUUGUGCAUUCCUAGUAAAAAAAUGUAUGAUUGGUCAGUUUUAUCUCCCUGCAUGAGGCUCUACAUGUUCUUUCAGAGACUUCUCUUCAAUGUCAGGAGUUUAUGAUUUUAUUUUAUGAUUAUUAUAUAUUCUUAUCAGCAUGUUUGGCCUGAAAACAGUCCAAUCCAAGAACACCAACUCCUAAAAAAAAGCUGAAUCUGCCUUUAAAGGUGUAAUUUGUGUGAAUUUUGUUGUUAACAAGCUAGAAAUAACACUGAAGCCAUUUCCUGUGUGUCCUCCAUGGUAACUAAGGUUUACUGUACAAUACUGAUACUUUUCUGGAUAUCAAAUUCAACCAUGUGGCAAAAAGUAUGUUUACAAACCUGCUCAGUUUUUGUUGUGGGGCUUUUUUUUUGUGGUUUUGGACGAGCCUGCUUCGUUCCACUAAAAGAGGAAUGCUACAGCGUACAAUAUUUUAGACAGUGUUCUUUCGGUUUUGUGUGAAUAGUUUCUUUUCAGUACUUUCCUAUUUCAACACGAUGCCCCGUGCA